GGAGGGGGAGUCAGACAGAAGGGGUGAGAAGGAGGAGGAGGAGCAGGAAGAAGAGGACGACGCUGAGGCGGACCAACGGAGCAGACUCCCGGUGGAUCACGGAGCUGCUGCAGCCGGAGCCCCAAGCAGCAAACUCGGAGCCAUGGCCGACGCAAGCGCCCAAUCCACGGCCUGCACCGGCUCCAGCCUCCUGCAGCCGGUCAGCGAGAUGACCAACCUGCCGCUGGAUCAGGUGAACUUCGUGGUGUGUCAGCUGUGCGCUCUGAUCUCAGCCUUCUGGUUCCGCCUCUUCCUGCAUCCCAGGAAAACCAGUCCUUUCGUCAGACACGUGGUGGCCACCGUGCUGGGCGUCUACUUUGCCCUCUUCUGCUUCGGCUGGUAUGCGCUUCACUUCCUGCUUCAGAGCGGACUCACCUACGGCAUCAUGAUCCUGACCGGAGUGGAGCACAUGCACAAGUACUGCCUGGUAGUGGCUCUCAGCUACCUGAGUCUGUGCCAGAUCACCCGCGUCUACGUCUUUGACUACGGCAUGUACUCUGCUGACUUCACCGGUCCCAUGAUGGUCAUAACUCAAAAGAUCACCAGCCUGGCCUUUGAAAUCCACGACGGAAUGGCUCGGAAGGAAGAGCAUCUGACCGCAGGACAGAAGAUUUUAGCCAUCAGGCGGAUGCCGAGCCUCCUCGAGUAUUUCAGCUACAACUGUAACUUCAUGGGCAUCCUGGCGGGUCCGACCUGCUCCUUCAACGACUACAUCGCCUUCAUCGAGGGAGAACCGCGGCGCCACAGAGAGCAGGAGGCUGACAGGGAGUCCGGCAGCAGGCUGAGGCAGGGCGAGCCGUCCCCAAACGUGGAGGUGGUGCGUAAAGUGGCCACCUCCUUCUUCUGCCUCCUGGUUUUCCUCUCGGUGUGUAAAGUAUUUCCUGUGGAACGAAACAUUGAGGACGAUUUCAUCGCCAACACGCCGUUCUACGCUCAGGUGGUCUACCUGUACCUCUCCAUGCUGACCACCCGACCCAAGUAUUACUUUGUUUGGACGCUCGCUGAUGCCAUCAACAACGCUGCCGGCUUUGGUUUUAACGGCUACGACAGUAACGGCGCGCCCCGCUGGGACCUGAUCUCCAACCUGAGGAUACUAAACAUCGAGUUUGCUACCAGUUUCAAAGUUUUCCUCGACAACUGGAACAUUCAGACUGUGCACUGGCUCAAAAGGGUGUGCUAUGAGCGCUGUCCCUACCACCCAACAGCGGCCACAUUCAUCCUGUCCGCCAUGUGGCACGGAGCUUAUCCAGGAUACUACCUCACCUUCCUGACCGGCAUCGUUGUGACGCUGGCGGCCAGAGCAGUGAGACACAAAGUCCGGCCUCACUUCCUGCGUUCUGCGGCUCACAAACUGCUGUAUGACAUCAUCACGUGGGCCGCCACUCAGAUCGCCAUCUGCUACACGGUGGUGCCUUUUGUCCUGCUGUCUGUGGGCCCGUCGCUAAAGUUUUACAGGUCGUGGUACUUCUGCCUCCACAUCAUGUGCAUCCUCCUGGCUGUAGCGCUGCCGGUCAAACCCAGACAUCUGCGCCUCAAAGAGCAGCAGAAGGCCUGCUCCCAGGGUCCAGUCCUAAAACCGCUGGAGGCAGCAGACCCCACCUACAGUCACAAAGAGAAGACCUCAUGAGGCGGGCGUCAGAAAGAUCGGUGUAAAUUUCCAUGGACUUGUAUGGGAGGACGUGAAGCCGAACGGACUGAGGGAAGCUCCAGCUGGACUAGGUACAGAAAAAAAAACAAAAGGCCAAACUUUAUUAAUUUGGAUUCAGUGGGAGAAGAAAGAGAAAGCAGGCUCUGGGUUUCAUCUUUUUUUUGUUUUUUAAAGGAAUCAUGACUGCCAGAACUGACAGCGGACAGACUCAGAAAAACCUGCCAUGUUUAGGAAUAUAAAUACCUAAUGUGAGUUUACAUGGGACAGCUGAGUGUGAUCAGUGCAAACUGCCUGAAUGAUUUCAAAAUGACUCCCUUCUGGUCAGAAACCUGCAGAUUAAAGGAGGAAAUAUAUGGUUAAAUGAAAACUAACAUUUAUCAAAAACUGGAAUACAACUUGGGUUGUGACAAAAUGGGUUGUGUGAAUAGAAGUCAGACCGAUUAAAGGAACACUUAAAUGUUUAAAAGAGGUUAGUUUUGGAAAAUGUGCCAAUGUUUGCUCACUCAGUCACCUUAUUUGUUCUAUAAAAAAAAAA